AUGCCCGAUGAGUUCCUUGCUAGGAACCCCCCCCCGCUCUGGCUCACUCUCUACCACAUCGUCACCCGCCUCCCUGACUCUCUGCGCGCAGUCAGGGAUCACUUCCUAGCUCGCUGCCCCACUGAGCUCACCAUUGCCCUCCUCGAGAAGGAACUACUUGCAGCUGAGGCGAGCAUCGUCGCUGUAGGUGCCUCUCGUGGCGACCCCCGCACCCCUUUCUUUGAGGGGUGUUCCCCUUCCCCCCUUCUCCCCUCUGUAGCCUCUGCUUCUGCUGUCGACCUCCUUGGUGCUGAGAAGGUCGGGACGGCGUCUGCUCCGAGCGGGCGCCGCAGGAACAGAGGGGGCAGGGUGGAGGUGGCGGUGGGGAGGCAGGGUGGAGGCGGUGGGAGUGGAGGUGGGGCUGGAGAGGCUAGUGGCGGCAGUGGGGGUGGUGACGGCAGCGGCGGGGGCGGUGGCAGGGGCGGGGGCGGCAGCGGGGGCGGCGGUGGUCGUGGCAGCGGCAGGGGAGGAGGUGGUCGAGGAGGUGGCGGCGGCGGUGGUGGUCGUGGAGGCGCUGGCGGUGGUCUGAGCCAGCAGCACACUCCGUCGCUCCAGGAGGCCCGUGAGUGGUAUUCGCAGCGCCGGGGGGCGGGUGGCUUUAGCUGCACGUACGUCAUCCGCACUGGUACCCGCACUGGUCAGCCGUGUGGGAGGCCACACCCCUCGCAGCGCUGUUUCUCGCGCCUUGACGACGCUUGGCGCACCCAGUUCCCUGAUGCCACUGAGCUGCCCCGCUGGGCUGAUCUGGAGAGGAAGGGAGUUGAUAUCUGGGCUCUAGACUUUGAUGCUAUUCUCACUGCCAUGUAUGCGAUGUUUACUAGUGGAGAGGGUGCUCAGUACUUGCGUGUUCCGCCCGACCCGGGCAUUCUGACCAGUGAGGCUGCCGCUCUAGGUGCUAGUGAGACUGCCACUCCAGGUACUCGCGUGUCUGCUACCUCAGGUGAUGGUGAGGCUGCCGCUCUAGGUGCUAGUGAGUCUGUCCCCCCUGGUACUGAGUCGACUGAGGCACUGCACACCUUCACCCUAGACUCAGGUGCUUCUCGCUGUUUCUUUCGUGACCGCACUGCCCUUGAGCCGCUUGCUCGGCCAGUUGCUGUCUCCCUCGCUGACCCCUCUGGGGGUCCGGUCAUUGCGACCUCCUCUACUGUUCUUCCCUGUCCUGCGGUCCCGUCGGGCACACUGUCAGGUCUCCACCUCCCCUCGUUCUCUACGAACUUGGUGGCGGGUUGUGCACUCCAGGAUGCGGGUGUUCACCAGUUCACCCCUGCCUACGAGCGCGUGACACACUGCAUGUGUGCUCGGACGGGCCGUCACCUGGCUACCUUCACUCGGCAGCCGGGGUCGGACCUGUACACAUUGACCACUGAGUCCCCUCAGGUAGCUGCGUCCGCGUCUGCGUCAGGUCAGCUGUCGGCCCCCUGCUCGUGUCGCAGGGUUCUCCCUCCCCUCCCACCCUCGCCUGCUCCUUCCUGUCUUCCCUGUGUCGAGGGGCGGCAGCGCGCCGCUCCUCACUCCUCCUUUCCCCCGACGACUGCUCCCUUGCAGACGCUCCACCUGGACGUGUGGGGCCCAGCCCGCGUUCGUGGACAGGGUCAGGAGAGGUACUUCCUGAUUGUUGUUGACGACUACUCGCGCUACACCACGGUCUUCCCCUUGCGUACCAAGGAGGUGGUGAGUUCUCCUCCGACCUCCUGGCAGCCUAUUUGUGCGGACCACGGCAUUGAGCAGUCGUUCACGCUUCCGGCCUCUCCCCAGCAGAAUGGGGUUGCUGAGCGCCGCAUUGGCUUGGUCAUGGAGGUCGCUCGUACCUCCUUGAUCCAUGCGGCUGCCCCCCACUUUCUGUGGCCGUUUGCUGUCCGAUACGCUGCGCAUCAGCUCAACCUCUGGCCCCGAGUCUCCUUGCCGGAGACUUCCCCGACACUGCGUUGGACGGGAGAGGCUGGCGAUGCGUCGCGUUUUCGGGUCUGGGGAUCCCGAGCUUUUGUUCGCGAUACGUCCGCGGACAAGCUCUCCUCUCGCGCUGUUCCUUGUGUCUUCCUUGGCUUUGUCCCGGACGCGCCUGGUGCUGCUGUGGUAGACCCCCUCCCCCCUCAGGGUGCCGCUCCCUCAGGUGUGUCCCAGGUAGACCCGGUUGAGCCUGUCGAGGUAGCUGUCGACUCUCGUCCUGCUAGGGGUGCUGAGCCUGCGCGUGAGGAGCCUGGCGGUGCUGAGUCUGGGGGUGCGGAGCCUGGGGGUGCUGAGCCUGAGGGUACUGAGCCUGGGGGUGCGGAGCCUGGGGGUGCUGAGCCUGAGGGUGCGGAGCCUGGGGGUGCUGAGCCUGGAGGUGCUGAGCCUGGGGGUGCGGAGCCUGGGGGUGCUGAGUCUGGAGGUGCUGAGCCUGGGAGUGCUACACCUGGAGGAGCCCUCUCCUCACAGCAGCUGCAGGAGAGGUACCUACAGUACUGCAUGCGGAGAUAA